ACGAAAAUAGUGCAGUUGUCAUUAGAGUAUAGAUAAAGAACUUCAAACAAUCACAUGCGCAUAAAAAAAUCUGCCGAUAUAACGCCAAGUCCGCCACCGGAUCCCGUUCAACAAGAGCAAGGAGAAAUGCCGGCUAGCGCUGUUACUAGUAACCACCGUAAAUUUAUCUUUGGUAUAUUGUUCGUGGGAGCUGUUUUGACGGUGGUUCUGGUGGUGCUUGGUUAUCAAGAUGUAAACUUCUAUGAAUACGGAUUUCUGAAGCGCAAGUCAACAGGAAAGGUAGACACAUCCAAAGUGUACUUAAGUGGAAGGCACUUCGUUGGGCCCGACUACACGUUCAAAAAGUUCAAAGCAGAUGCGCACUUUGAAGACAUUAAUAACAUAGCGGUCUUUACAUCGGAUAAACUCGAGGUCCAGACCUCUUGUGCGUUCCAGUAUUUCCUGAAAAUUGAAGACCUGGCGGAUUUGCAUAACGAGUAUGACCUGUUUUAUCAACCUGUUAUAAGGAGCACUGCUCUAUCGGCACUUAAAGGGCGAGCAGCACUGAUCUCAAUCGAGUAUUACUUAAGACAACGUGCCAGGGUUGAACAGCAGCUAUUUCAAGCCCUGAAAGAUCGUCUGAAUGGGGUAUGUUGCAGAGAGAACUGCGAGUCUACAAAUUCUUGCAAGCCAGGGUGUAAACCACGUUCCUCGUGUCUGAGGGAAGACAAGGGUUUGUUCGUUGAAGUUGAUAUGUUCCAGUUGCAUGCUGUGCUGAUACCCAACGAUGUGAAGAGCCGUUACUUGAGCCAGGUCAUCGAGAACGCAAAGCCAGGAAAAAGAAAACUAUGUUCAACAAGAAAAGGUUUGGGAUUAUUAUCUAUCGUACGUAAAGAAACCGAGAAGAUGAUCCAGCAAAUCAAGAAUGAAGCUCAAGUAAUAUCUCAGAAYGCCUCAGCCCAGGCCGAGCUCAGCAAGACGCGUGCUCGCUCCCAGGCCCUGGUCAAAGUGGAGAAAGCCAGGAACAGUGGUCUGGGAAUCAUCCACAACCGCCUGAACAUUACCAUUGAGCAACACAAAGCUUCGUUCAAUUAUCUGCGCGCACUUCGAGAUCAUAAGAGUGUGGCACUGAAUGUUAAUUACGAUACUCUUAUGGCGCGCGACUAAGAUACUUCCGAGGUACUUUUCGUUUCAAAUCGCAUUACAUAAUUACUCCUUCCCUGUUGAGAAGAUCUCGUAUGAAUGCGAGAAGUAAAGCUUGGUUCUCCCACGACACAAGCGUAAGCAUAAACGCAAGUAAAAAUAUCACCAUUUUUUUUACAAUUGAACAUGCGUUGUAGUGAAAACCAGGCUUAACAAGCGGCACGAUCACGGUACUGAUUGAUGUUAUCUUUUGAACCAAUCACAGCGCGCAAGAACUUUCUUUCUAGUAUCGUAUCAUUAUAUUGUAUAUAUUAUUGAUUAUUUCAUAUAUUGUUGUGGACUUUUCAUUGAUGACAAUGCAUUGUACAGUAAAACACGUAAUUCAGUCGGAAGAUGUGUUGAAUUUUGAAAAUAAACUAUUGGUCUAUCUA